AUGAAUAUAGUGCCAAGUGAGGUAACACCUCAGAAUAAUUCUGAAUUUGCGGAAGACUUAUUAUUACCUCACAAUAGAACUGUGUAUGUUCUAGAAAUGUCAAAAAACAAGGAAUUAGUUACUGCAAUCAUGUGGAUAUAUAGUGUUAUAUUAAAAUUAGUUCCAAGUAUAGCUUUAUCGAUUUUGAGUACCUGUUUAAUAUCUAAGUUGACAAAAACAGAAAGAAGAAGACAAAAGCUACUUAAGCGAUCAAUAGUUGGGCCAAAUGAUGCUGAGAAACAAUGCUUGGCAGAAGAAUCAUGUGCUGCGCGGCGUUCUAGUCGUACAGAUCGCACGACACGAAUGCUUUUGGCUGUGCUUGGCCUUUUUCUAUCAACUGAAGUGCCGCAAGGACUCCUCGGUCUUGCAAGUGCUUUGGCACCAGAUUUCUUCAAAAGCUGUUAUGGUAUGUUUGGUGAUCUAAUGGACGUAUUGGCCCUGUUUACAUCAUCAGUGAACUUCGUCUUGUAUUGUAGCAUGAGUCGACAGUUCCGGUGCACAUUUGCUCGACUUGCACGUCGUGUGCUAUCCUCUGUUGAGGAACCCCCAAAGUUCACAGCGAAGCAUGAACCUACCACACAGGUUACAGGACCACUUUAG